UGAGAGCACCAUUCACCUGUGCACAGGAACAUCUGCCAAGAUGUGCUGCAAGGGUUUUCUCAAAAUUAUGAUGUUCGUCUUCAACGGCGUCAUCUUUCUGGCAGGCGCUGCCAUAUUGGCGGUGGGCAUCUGGGUGGCAGUAGACAGAGUCUCUCUUCUGGGCUUUUUAGAGCACAUUGAAGACGCGCCGCCCGAACUGGCACAGCUGGCAAACGUUGGCUACCUGCUGAUCGGCGUGGGAGCGUUUCUGACACUCGUGGGCUUCCUGGGAUGCUGUGGAGCCGUAAAGGAAAGCAAAUGCAUGCUGCUCUCGUUCUUCACCGUUGUGCUCAUUAUCUUCCUCGUGGAGGUGGCAGCAGGGGUAGUGCUCUUCGUCUUUGAGCCUUUGGUUCAAAACGUUCUGGAUGAAAUUGAACAAAAAGUUGCUAGAAGCAUUGAGGACAACUAUGGGAGUGAUGAGAGUUUCACUUCAGUCUGGAAUAGCACUAUGAAUGAGCUGAAAUGCUGCGGAUAUAACAACUACACGGACUUCAUGAACUCUCAGUUCGUAUCUACAACAUCAUCAUAUCCUGUCACAUGUUGCACAAGCAGUUCUGGACCCUGUAAUGAAAUUGCAGCAAAAGCAGAUGUACGUUAA